AUGCCGCCGAAGAAACGCGGGCUGUUGCCUUUGCAGUUCGCCCUCAAAGAAGGGGGCUUUAAGGAGGUGCGCCAGGCGACGAUGGCCGAGAUCCACAAGGCAAAAGACGAGGCCGUGCCUGCUGGUUGGAACGACACGGACGUGGUAAAAGUGGAGUGGACGGGGUCGCUGGACUGGAAAAAACCUCGCCGCGGCGGCCCCAAAAACCGGGGGAUCAUGAGAGUUAUUGUAGAAGAAGAAGCACACUAUCUGAGGGACACCGCGAACACGGUCAAGGGUAACAACAAGAAGCACGUGCUACCAGUCACGAAGAUGCACUUCCUACCGAAAGGUGAAAAACGGAAGGAAAGCGAGAAGGCAAAAGCCAAACGACUAGGGACCAAAGGAAGUGGUGGCUGGCUGCAGGGAACGGACUGUGGUCCAAAGCUAAGGGAAGUCUUCGAAAACUCCGAAGCGACCAAGGACGACCUGCUGGCUGCGGCUGAUCAAUACGUCAGGCCGCGGCCGCAUUCCAAGUAUAAUGUAAAGGACGACUGCCAUCUAGUUCAAUGCGGCGUCGGCGGCCGCUAUUUGGGAGUCGGCAUCUACUACGGCUGUGUCGGCUCCACGGACGCCGUUGCUAGGGCGGACGCCAAGAUUCAGGCCCUCGGGAACUGUCUGUCCUGGCGCGACACCGACAACAUAGAGAAGGACCCGAUCUACAAGCGCAUGAAGCGCGUGUGCCCGGCGAUCCAGGCGGCCGCGAGGCUGUCGUUGUUGAAGAAGCCCUAUAAAGGGAAGAAAGGGGCGGGGCGCCUCGACAAAUUUACCGUCACGGUGCUCACGGCACAGGAGAAGGCCAUCCAGGCCAAGUACGUCAAGGAGUGCGGGGAACUCGGGCGCAAGCCUCUCGUCGACGGCGCCGAGGUCCCGUCGAGGAGCUUUAACGACGUGGACGGCGGGGAGGGCCGGAAGAACCACGCGGAGGUACGGCUCGGCGUGGAGCGGGUCCUUCAACUUGUCCCCGUCGACGCAGUGGUUCGUGGCGCCGUCGACGCAGCGAUUUGACGUUCUCGACGCAGGCCAUCGAAGGAGUGCGGCAGGCCGACGCCGAAACUACGGCCGUGUUGUAUUCAGCAGGUAUUAGGAACCAUGAGGCCAAGGCUCCGGGCGAGCUGGUCGCGCAGGACGUGUUCUGUGACUUUACUAAAGCGUCAGCUGACCUGCAGAAAGAGGUCAACGACGCCUGGCGACGAGCGUUGCGGGAGAAGGCCGAGGACGAAAAAGCGUUAGAUUGUUUCGAUAGAAUAGCGACGGAGGAGGGCCUCGCUGCGCGUUUUUUGUCGGAGGCUGGGGCUAGGCCCAAGUCCGGGGAAGCCUUUUCCGAGGAGCAGAUUCGGGUCAUCGGGGAACAUUACGGUUUCUACUCGUUCUUGGUCGGCGGCUCGGCGGCGCUCCGCACCUUGGUCUUGUGUGCUCGUUACACUGGUGAUGCCGCCCGGAAUGAGCCGCACAUCUGGACGGCUUUGGCCGGGGACUUUUAUGGUCUCGCGAUCAACUACCAGCAGUAUUGUGUUAUCGAGGCGUCGAUGCGGUAUGGGAUGCGCCUGCGGCGCGAGGGCAAGUCGGCCCGUCGACAUUCUGAUUCGGUGCCGGUGUCUGCCGAAGAUAGCGCCGUCGGCGUGAACGCGGACACGAUCCGGACUGCUGGCGUUCUGUCGGCGGUCCGCGCGCGGGCAAUCAUCGGUGACCUCCUGAUCCUCGAGGGCAAAAGGCGGGCGAGCUACAUCGCCCACCUGCGCCAGGUCCUCGACGACGCGGAGGCGGACGACGACGCGGCCGCGCCCAUGGAGUCGUCUGAGCGGCGCGUGUCGGUCGACGAGUCGUCGUCGUCGGACGACUCGUCGUCGUCGGAGGAAGAGGACGAGGCGCCGGCCGCGGCCAUGGACGUGGAGGCGCCCGCGCCGGUGCCGGCGCCCGCGCCGCCGCGGCCGGAGCGGAGCGUGUCGCCGCCGCCGGCCAAGAAGCGACGCGGUGCGGAGCCGUCACCGCCGCGGGCGACGGGCUCGCCGCAGCAGCCGAUGUCGCCGUUGAGGACAAACCCGGCUGCGGUGACUGCAUGGGGGCGACUCAAGAGGCGCUCGAACGAGGGCAAUGGAGUCCGUUAUGAUUAGCUUGUUGUGCAGUCUGGAGUAAGAAGAAC